AACACGUCCCUGGCAGAUGGAAGUCCCAUGCCCAACUCUCCCAGCUCCAUGGUCAACCAGUACACAAUGCAGGAGGAGGAAGAGGAGGAGCAGGAUGCCAACGCCAAAGACAUCUUCAUCACCGUGGAUAACCCAGAGAGCCAGGUCACCGCCAUCGAAACCUUCAUCAUGUACAGAGUGGUGACCAAGACCACGAGGAGCGAGUUUGACUCCUGUGAGUACGAGGUACGCCGGCGCUACCAGGACUUCCUGUGGCUCCGAAGCAGACUGGAAGAAAACCACCCGACGCUCAUUGUCCAUGUGUGUAUCAGCACACCACAGCAGCUGCUCAACACAUCU